UGCCAACAGAAACUAACCGAAUGGCAGGCAUUUGAUGCAGGUUUAUUUUUCCUUUGCAGCAACAGCGGGAACAUGAAGCUGCCACUCUUGGUGUUUAUUGUGUAUCUGCUGUGGUUGAAAGGUUGUCACUGUGCACCUACUUGGAAGGCUGAAACUGCUAUCCACGGAAACCUGAAGGGUGUUUCCGAGGCUGGGGACCUCGAUGUUGAUGUAGAGGUGAAGAAGGCUUUGAUUGGCAUGAAGCAGAUGAAAAUCAUGAUGGAAAGGAGAGAGGAGGAACAUACCCAUCUAAUGAAAACCCUGAAGAAAUGCAGAGACGAUAAACAGGAGGCUAUAAAACUUAUGAAUGAAGUUCAAGAACAUCUGGAAGAGGAAGAAAGGCUAUGCCAGGAGUCUUUUACAGAUUCCUGGGACGAAUGCAAGUUUUGCCUGGAAAGUGACUGCAUGAGAUUUUAUACAACCUGCCAACCUAGUGGGUCCUCUAUGGAAAAUAUGAUUGAACAGUUUUUUAGGAAGAUAUAUCAAUUUCUGUUUCCUUUCCAUGAAGAUAAUGAAAAAGACCUCCCUGUCGGUGAAAAGGCCACGGAGGAAGAUGCACAGGUGACCCAGCUAGAGCACGUGUUCAGCCAACUGACCGUGGACGUGAGAUUUCUCUUUAACAGGAGUGUUAACGUCUUCAGACAGAUGCAGCAGGAAUUUGACCGGGCUUUUCAGUCAUAUUUCAUGUCAGAUACAGAUGUAAUCGAGCCUUACUUUUUUCCAUCUUUUUUCAAAGAGCCAACAAAAGAGGCAGAUCUUGUGCGGAACUGGGACAUUCCCAGCUUCUUCCAGCUGUUUUGUAAUUUCAGUCUCUCCAUUUAUCAAAGUGUCAGCACAGCAAUCACUGAGAUGCUGAAUGCAAUGGAAGACUCACCAGAACAACACCAAGAUGCUGACCUUGGAAGCCUGAGUUCAAAGACAAUGCCUAUGCAGGGCAGAGGACUGUGUGGAGGACUAGGCCAGAAUUUGUCAGAAUGUUACCAGUUUCACGCAAGAUGCCAGAAGUGUCAGGAUUACCUACGGGAAGACUGUCCCGACGUACCUGAACUACACACGAAAGUAGGUGAGGCCCGUAAACUGGUCAACAUAUCCGAUCAGCAGUACAUCCAGAUUCUGCAGGUGACUCAGCAUCAUUUGGAGGACACUACAUAUCUGAUGGAGAAGAUGAGAGAGGAGUUUGGCUGGGUGACUGAGCUGGCAAAGGUAAUGGGGGAUCUAAGAACAGUGUCCAAUCCUUCUCAGGUAGUUCCAGGUGUUCACCAAGGAAAUGCUUCCAAACAAGAUGAAACGAGGACAGACGUAAGCAUUCUGCCUCCCCCCGACUUCACACUCUCGAUUCCUCCUGAGGAGGGCUCUGAGAGUCCUGACUUCGUUAGCUACAUGCUGGAAAAAGCUGUGCAGCAUUUUAAGGAACAUUUUAAAAGUUGGUAAGCAGAGUGCCUAAGUAGGAAUGCUUUGUUGACAGACACAGAUGACUCAUAAAAGGAAAAAAAUAAGAAACUAGUUUUACAAUACCUGGAAAAUAUGUUCGACCUCAUUAAUAAUCAAAUACAGGAAAACUAAGACAAAGUAGCAUUUUUGCCUAUCAAAUUUGCAAAUUAGAAAAAAUACUGAAUUCUGAUAGGAAUGUGAUGAAAUGGGAAUUCUUAUAUAUUACUGGUAGAAAUAUAAACUGGUUUUGCCUUUUUAAAAAGCUACAUGAUUCCACGGUUUGGGAAAACAUAUUUGCCAAGGAUGAAUC